ACAGACCCAGAAGAUCCUCCGACCCGCAGACCAACAGACCGACAGACAGGUGAUGAAGAUGGUCUCCUCCUCGCGCCUCCACUGCCUCCUCCUGCUCCUCCUCUCCCUCACCGCCUCCAUCAGCUGCUCCUCCGCCGCACAGAGAGACUCCAAACUCCGGCUGCUGCUGCACCGAAGCCCGCUGCUGGGCUUCAAACAGGACAUGUCUCGUGCCGCGCUGGCGGAGCUGCUCCUGUCGGACCUGCUGCAGCUGGAGAACGAGGCUCUGGAGGAGGAGAACUUCCCUCUGGCUGAAGGAGAACCUGAAGACAUCCAUGUGGAUCUGGAGCGAGCCGCAGCCGCCGGCAGCGGGCCGCUGCUCGCCCCCCGAGAGAGGAAAGCUGGCUGCAAGAACUUCUUCUGGAAGACUACAGAAAAGACGAAGUAA